UAUCUGUCAUCGUCGUCGGAAACUUUUGAUAGCACCGUCGCAUGUAUAAUACUUUCGCAUGGAAGCUCUUAUCGUAGAUUGCGCUUCGCGGUAUGCCUCCCCACAGACUUCUUUUCCCUUCCUCACUUUCCUCGUCUCGGGGACGUCGAAAGCUCGCUCGAAGCGUGACAGGCGGAGGGAGCGCGCGCGCUCGCUCGCUCGCUCGCUCGUCACGCGCGCCGAACAUGUGACCCGUUUAAAGUUUCACCGUGCAUUCGUUCGUUCGUUCGUUCCUCCGCCUGUCCGACCGAUCAGCGCAACUGUGCAGUUCCAAUCGGACGUCGUGCAAUUUCAGCCUCCCACUCACGAGCUACGAAUCCGCGAGACGGCUCUGUAGGUUAUGUCGUUGUGUUUACAUCGUUGUCGGCGGCUCUCGGAUUAAUUCGCACUUAUCUCGUGUCGCGCACGCACUCACGCGUGGUCCGUCGUGUCGCCGACGGGCUCAAACGGGUCGGCUGAACGAAAUAUGAGAAGAAUAUACGGAGAACGCACGAUCGAAUCGACGACGACGACGACAACGACGACGACGACGACGACGACGACGACGACCAGGACGGACCAGCAGCCAGAUUAUUGCGUCGCGUCCGUGAGCUAAUUCGAUAACGGUCCAAGGCUCGUAAGUGUUCACGUUCCGCAUUCCCGAUUUAUUCCCUCGUCUCUCGCUCUCUUUUUCUCGUUCGCGGCAUACGCGAGAGAGCCUCCCACGCGAAUUUCGACGCGCGGCGACGAUCGAACGAGAGCGAAAGUCGCGUGUUGCUUGGCGCGUUUUUCCACGCUCGGGACGGGACGUGUGCGUCGAUCGAUCUCCUCAUGCGUGACGCUUUUUCGCCAAAAGCGCUGGCCGUCGUGCGAAACCUUGUCCUAUUUCCUCCCGGCAGGAUACAGCUCUGUGUGUUAUGAGCGUUGGCUUAUCCAUGUACGAUGGCCUGGAGAACGAGAGUACUCCUGACAAUGGCCUGGAGACCAAUGGGAGUACUACGAAGAAGCUGGCCAGGGGUAUCUCCCGUGCGACGGAGAAUGCCGCGAUUGUCUCCUACGCACGCUCGCAACUGGCAUCCCUAGGAGUCCUGGACACACCGGAAUAUACAUUUUCGUUGCCAGAUUUGUCUGUGUAUCCAGAUUCAUUCCGGAAAUUCCUGGAGAAGGAUCUGAUAGAGAACGGAUGCAUGAGUUCCUUGGAGGCUGCGGGUCGUCUAAACUGGUGGUACAAGAAUGGAAGCACCAGAAUCCUCUGGCCACUGGCAACGUCCGGAGACGGCAAUUGUUUGCUUCACGCUGCGUCGCUUGGCAUGUGGGGUUUCCACGACAGAUUGCUCACGCUAAGGGAGGCGCUGCAUAAUACCUUGACGAAAGGAGAGUACAGGCAUGCUCUCUUCAGGCGGUGGAAGUGGAGACAGACGGGUUUGAACGCGGCGGCUGGAUUGUCGUACACGGAUUCGGAGUGGUUGUCGGAAUGGCAAAGUAUAGUAGACAUGGCCUCUCCCACAGUCAGAAACCAAACUGCUACCUCUUACCAGAGCCUUGAAGAGAUACACGUCUUGACCCUGGCUCACGCCUUAAAGAGGCCCAUAAUAGUCAUAGCGGAAACCAUGCUGAAAGACGCCCAGGGAAUAGCCCUGGCGCCGAUUCCGUUCGGCGGUGUGUAUCUGCCCCUGGAGGUGCCGCCUUCGCGUUGCCACCGAACACCCUUGCUCCUGGCGUAUCAUUCUGCUCAUUUUUCACCGCUUGUGACGGUAGAUGGCUGCAACGAUUACGGUAGCGCCUGCGGCGAAGGAGUUAGUAUACCCUUGGUGGAUCCAGACACAGGCAAGCUGUUGCCGGUUCUGUUCGCCGUGGAUCCUGGCCCUGAUUGGGACUGGGUGGACGGUUCACGCGAGUUGUUGUCUUGUCAGCAGGAUACCAUGGAAAUCUUAUUACGGGAAUAUCUGGACUGCGAGUACCAAAGCUUCAUAACUGAAGACAUAGACAGAUUCGGGGACACGGAUGGUUCUCUGUCGAAGACAGCGAAGCAAUUGUUGCAGCAAGUCGGAUCCAUUGGCAGAUCCGUUAGCAAGAAAUUCUGGCUUAAUGUGACGAAGAGACCAAAAAGUCCGCCCGUCGCGGGCGGUGGUGUUUCCACGGAAGGCUUGUUGUGUGUUAGGAUAAAGAGCAGACGUCAUCAGUACGUGGACCAAAUGCUUCAGAAUUAUCUUCAGUAUGCGCAUUCAAGGUAUCUGCAGGAUCACCAGGUAGACGAUACAGGUAGCGAACUGAACUACGGCGCCGGGAAGUCCAAGUUUUACGCUGCCAGCGAUCGCGGUAGUCAUGCGAGCGUCAGCAAGUUAUUGCCUACGAAUCCGAACAAGGACCAUACGCUUUAUCUCUCAAGAUCUACGUUUUACAAGGAUCAAGCGACAAGUGAUGUGGAGCCGGAGAAUUGGAAUAAUAGUAACAAUUCGAAGGAUACCGUAAAGGAGUGUCGCAGUGAACACUGCCAUUUCUUUGGAUCAGCGGAAAAUCAAUACUACUGCUCGCAAUGCUGGGCUAACCGACGUAAUCGUUAAACGGCCGUCCCUUAUACACAUGACAAUAAUCUCGAUUUCGUUCGAACUAAACUACCACAUAAUUGGUAGACUUCAUGCUAGCCAUAAGAUAAAGCUUACAAGAGAUACCCCACCAACGUAUCAUUAUGCUUCUUUUUAAUUUUAAUUUCGUUCCUUCUUUCCCUUUUUUCUUUUCGUUUUUCUUUCUCCGUUUUUGUUUUCGUCGCAAAGUAUUUAUUGUUGUAUUACUCGUUAUUUAUUAACAUUUAUCAUCUGAAAGCAAAACAUAUCAGAUACACAGGGUUCAACUAAACGACAUACGUGUGUGUACUGACGUAUCUGUGGUGCACAUCUCAGCGUUCCAAAGUGAUACAGAAAACAAAUUUUCCCUUUCUUCGUUUUAGCGUACUCAGGGAACGGUUAAGUUAUAUUUUGUUUCAAAGACGUUUGAAUUUUGCGCAAUUUCGAUGUAUAUACGUGCCUUCUAUCAAAAGCUUUCUACAACAAGCCGUUGGUCAUAAAUCGUAAACAAAUUGACCAGCCACGGUCGAUCAUUGUUUGGAACAACCGACUGUAAUUGAUCAAAUCAGUUUGCUUGUGGCUUAAGACUAACGGCUUAUUGCGGAAGGCUUGUCAUGUAUCUGUGGAACAAAAAGCGAUAAUACUCCCUUAUUAUACCACCGUGAUAAAGAUCUUCACUCAUGUCUACCUCCACCGUUAUCGAUUAAUGUAAUGCUCGGUAUUGUAAUUAUAGCGCUUUACAGUUCGUUGUGGAAUCCUGCAAGACGAUAUGGAAACAUUGUGUUUAUAAUCUCAUUAUCUCAUUAUCUCGUACAAUUGAUGUGUAUGUCGAGUUGUGUGAAGAAUAAACCAUAUUUUUCUA